CAAAGAAAUGGACUUGCACACGUUUCUGCUAGCUUUCGCAACAUUCAUUCUGACUGGUACGAUCAACAGUUCAAAUGCUGAAAUUUUUGGAAAUCAAACAGUGAGAGAUAUUUUAAUCAAAAACAGAUGUUUAUGUCCCUGUGGACCUUCAACGUUAGACAGUUGGAAAAGUUUCCUCAUACCCUUCAGUGAAGGUACCUGGUUCGAAGCCAUUUCCUAUUGCAAUGAGAUGGGUAUGUCGAUAGUGCAGAUCCGGAACAAGCACGAUAGUAAAGAACUUCAGGAUUGGCUCAACGGGCAGGAAUACGAACAGGGUGAAAGUUUUUGGAUCGGUGCUAAUGAUCUAGCAAGGGCCGGAAUUCAUCGCUGGGGUUUAACCAAUAAACAGGUGAAGUUUGAGGAGUGGGCUACAGGUGAACCGAACGGUGCAAACAUUCGUGGAGAAAUUGAACACUGUGUUCAACUGGUGACGGAUACGAUGAAAUGGAAUGAUGCUGUGUGCUCGAAAAAACUUAAAUUUAUUUGUGAACGGUUUGUCCAGUAGAAUAAAAUUUAUUUUCUUUUAA